UUUUAUUUAGUCUUAAGAUGGCAGAGAGGCAUGAAGGGUGCUGAUUGCCUUCCGUUCUGAAAAGUCCGUUUUGCCUGAAGGACUUCCUCCUAUUGUGCACUUCAAUUUCAACUGUUGGUAGUUGCCGCCGUACAUUUGACGUAACUGUGUUACAAAACUUCAUCGUAAUAAGCAUACGAUGAAAUAGUGAUUAAACCGAACUUUAGUGGAAUCCGUUUACAUAAAUGUUGAAAGGCUAUUGUUUUUGUUUAUGGUGUGAUUUGCUCCCGUGUAAAAUAAUAUGUUGCCAUUGCAUUCGACACUGAAUGUGUGGGAAAUUUGACUCAUUAGUGUGGGAAACCUAUCUGUGCCUAGUGAACUAUGUCUGCAACAAAAGUGAAGUCAUUGCUACCCCCACCUUCAGUCGAGAGCUCAUUUUCUUCCUCAGGUUCUUGCUCUGCUGAAGGUUCUGUACCAUCAGAUUGCUCUACAAAGACCAGUCCAGGAAAUAGUCCAGCACACCUACCAAGAAAUCGUCCAAAGUCCAUGAUUCCCAAAAUCCAGCUACCUCCUAGACCUUCAUCAGCUCAACAAAGACCUGCUAAUAGUAAGCACAGGCUUUCACUUGGGAAACCUGUCUCACUUAAAGAAAUUCGAAGCUCUUCAGUUGGAAAUCCUCCACUGAAGGAAGACCAGUUUUCUAAUGAGUCAAUGGAAGUAAAAAGAAGGAAUUCAAAGGGUACAAAUGGCCACAUCCGUAGUAGCAGUCUGUCAAACGGUAGAGACCGUUUGAGUCUCUAUGCUCCAAGCUAUUCAGCAAGUGAAGAAAGCUGCUCAGAAAAAAGUAGGGAAGAGAUCAGUGAGCUGAUGACGCAUUCGCUCAUAACAACUACUGGUGCAAGCAACAACAACGACAAGCUCGCAAAGAACCGAAAGCCGUUGGCACUCAAGUCAGCCGAGAAAAAAGCUCGCAAGGUCAAAUUUUACCGCAACGGCGAUCGUUUCUUCAAAGGCGUUACAUUGGCCGUCUCAACUGAAAAAUACCGCACCUUCGACUCUCUUCUGUCAGAGUUAAACCGACUUGUUGGCGAUCGAGUCAAUCUCCACCAAGGAGUCAGAAUAAUAUUUACCACAGAUGGUAGUAAAAUCAAUACGAUCGAAGAGUUACAGGAUGGUGAAAGCUACGUGUGUGCAUCCACUGACCAGUUUAAGAAACUCGAAUACAACAAGUGUGUUGGAACUACAGCUAUGCGUAGGUCGCGGAUCACUUAUGGGCAAGGAGCCAUCUGCCGCGAAGCAUCAAUGAUCUCCGGCUUGGAUCAUUGGAAAGAGCGUAGGAGUAAAAAUCACGUAAAUAAUAAUAGCAACGGUCUGAGCAGCAGUGGGUACGGUGCUGCUGUGGCAAAUGGAGGAGAUAGUAGUCCUCGCUGGGCGGAAUACAUGAAGCCGCGCCUCAUUACGAUUAUUCGAAAUGGAAGUCGGCCCCGCAAAGCUGUUCGACUCCUACUCAACAAGAAAACAGCUUUUACCUAUGAACAGGUAUUGAGCGAUAUAACGGAGGCAAUCCGACCAGAUUCAGGAACCGUUCGGAAACUGUACACAGCAGAUGGGAGACAGGUGGGAUGCUUGGCUGAUUUCUUUGGGCCGGAUUUCAUCUUUAUCGCCUAUGGCAAUGAGAAGUUCUCCCACGAUGAUUUUGACCUCACUUCCAACGAGAUCAAAUAUCUUCCGCCAUUUAUCGCUCGCAGUCCGAUGAACACACGACGAGGGAAGAGUGGCAGCUCUAGAACUGGCUACAGUGGAGGAACCCCUCAGAAUCAUCGCUCGACAUCAAAUGGGCGGGCCAGCAUGGCGAGAAGCGCGGUGGGAGGGGUUGCAGGAGUCGAUGUGGAUCAUCGACCCCGUGAUUCUUCCCUUCCACGUGUUUAUGAAGAUCCGGAUGAACUGGCUUCUUCCAAUCAGAUGGUCGUGGAUGUGCCAAUAGUAGUCGAAAUUCGUUAUGAGAUCGGACGUAUUAUCGGGGACGGUAAUUUCGCAGUUGUUCGUGAGGGAAUCGACAGGCGAACACGAGAUCGUUAUGCUUUGAAGUUAAUUGACAAAAAGCGUUGCCAAGGUAAAGAAGUGGUACUCGAAAGCGAAGUUCAAGUUUUGGGUCGUUUAAGACAUCCAAAUGUGGUUAAGCUGUAUGAUGUCAUAGAUGCCAACAGCAUUCUUUGUCUUGUUUUGGAACUUGUGGAGGGUGGCGACUUGUUUGACGCUAUUGCAGCUGCCGGCAAGUUUAGUGAACCGGAAGCCAAAAGAAUGACGUCGGAUUUGGCUUCAGCCCUUUCCUAUCUCCAUUCGCUCAAUAUUGUCCAUCGUGACGUGAAACCGGAGAACCUUUUUGUCGUGAAUUUACCAGACGGAAUGCGCUCCUUGAAACUAGGCGACUUUGGUUUAGCUGAAGAGACGCAUCAACUGCUGUACACGGUUUGUGGUACACCCACUUACGUGGCUCCCGAAAUCCUUCUUGAGACGGGAUACUGGCUGAAAGUUGACGUAUGGGCUAUGGGAGUUAUUGUUUUUAUCCUACUAUGUGGUUAUCCACCUUUCGUGAGCCCAACCAAUGAUCAAGAGGAGCUUUUUGAAACUAUUUUGGCUGGACAUUUUGAAUUUGCAUCGCCAUAUUGGGAUGAUGCUAGCCAGAUGGCUAAAGACAUGAUUACGCUCAUGCUCCAAACUGAUCCUGAGCUGAGAUUUUCUGCGUUGGAGGUUCUCCAACAUCCGUGGUUAACGGAGGAUGAAGAUUGGCCCGACACUCAACAGUGUAGUCGUUUAGGACUUCAUUUUGACACAAGUCAUUCUGCGACUGAAUUGUCAGCUGCACAAGUUACUGCUAAAAAAUCACCCAAGUCACUUAUCACUGCCGAAUCGACACCUUGUCUCCAUUCGUUGCAAGUGCUCUGAGUUGGGUUGCACCAAUAUCCCCUUCGAUUUUUCUGUUUACCUUAGAAGCAACACCAAACCUGAUUCCCCUCGAAAAGAUUCUAGGCAUCUAACUCUAAAUUCGAGUCACUUAUUAUUCUCAUAAUUCUCGUCGGGACAUUUAAUUUUUUAUCUCACUAAAUUGACGAUAUUUUUUCAACUCGUUGAUAUCUCUUCUUUCUUUGCACUACUCUAGUCUUGAUUUAAGUUUUAAACUUGUGCCUAACCUUACAUCUAUCUCCUGGGUCUACUUCAACCCCCACACCACUCAGCACCCACUUCUGCCAGCCUCGUUUGGAUUCGUUUUUUACUAGCGUUAUUUUUUCCCCUAUACCCUUCUUCAGUUGCCAGUUCAACCCAAACACCUCCAUCACUACAGCAUUGGAGAUGCCAUUGAAAUUUAUGUGGAAAUGUGGAUCUCCGCGACGAAGAUUGCCACUAGUAAAAUGAGGAAAUUCGGAAAACAAAAUCAGUUGAUCGCAUGAUCGACACCUACUACUACUAGAACGAAGAUGUCUUGAAGCCUGCAACGAACACGCUUGAUGGAAGAAAGCGAGACAUUCAUGCAACGUAUUUUCCCUUUAUUUUGAGGCCCAAUUGUCAAAAAGGCAUUGAUUUAUGUUGCACAAGUUAUUACCCUUGCUUGUACCGUAUUUGAUACUUUCUUGUACAAGCUUGUGUACACUAGUAGCGUGCAGGAUUAUGGUAGAUGCAUGAAUGCUGAUCCGAGUUGCACCUAAAAAUGUUCUUCAGAUGGUAAAAAAGUUUAGAUGGCAGCUAUUGAAAUAGAAAAAGCAGGGGGGAAGGCUAUUGAAGAAGUAUGCAGUUCUAAACCAAAGAUGCAAUUAGAGUUAACUUGUUGGGUUUUCUCCUCAAUAGAAAAUGGGGGAAAAUAAGAGUAAAUGAUGCACGACAGUUGCCUUGACGGUUGCCCUUUUUUAUGAAGUGAUUGAAAAAAAAAUAAUUGAAAACAUAUUUUGAUGUCUCAUUAAAGCUGUCGUUUCCCCCUCUAUGUUCCGCAAGUUCUCAUAUUUACCCCUUUCUGCCCAUCCCUUAAACUUGUUCUCUUCCAUUAGUUGAGUUAGCUAUCUUCAUUGUAAUCAACAGUUAUCCUACUGUUUAUGUGAAAUAGCAAUCAAUCAACAAUAUACAGAUGCCACAAUAAAAUGUUUUCCCUCGAAACAGAAAUUCACAAGUUUUCCCGCCAAUGAUUUUUCCAUCGAAACAGAAAUUUUCCCGCCUGCACUCAGCGCCACAGUUGGCCAAUUUUAGAGUUAGUUUCGAAACCCUUAGGGCAUGUUAGUGGAAGCAAGUUCGCCUUAUGGUUUUCAAAGUAAGGUUAAUACUUGGACGGAUGUUGAUGAGGUAGGAUCUUAUUUUCCGUGUGAACAACUUCACGUAAUUAUUUUUAUUAAAAGAAAGUGCUGAAUUCGAGCUUGGUCUAAGGACAGUGAAAUCCCACAGAAAUAGAAAAAUGGAUUUCAAAUGGAGCUAUGACCAGGAAGAACCUUCUUUUUUUAUUCCACAUCCACAUGAGCCCCCGAAUAACAGCUAUUCAGCUGUCAAACAUUCAGCUGAUGCCCAUCCUGUUGGUCCCAUUAUGGAUUUGUGUGCUGAUUAUGUUCGCUGUUAUUUGGGAAAUGAGUCAAAUGGAGAUAUUGAUAUUGAAACAAUAACUCCUACCAGCGAGUUUAACAUGGAGAUAAUAUCUGGAGUUGAAUCUAAUCAAAACAUUUUAACUUAUGACCUGAUUCAUUCCGGAAUAAAGCAAGUUGAAGAGGAGAUCUCGCGGAUGAAGGAAGCUGAUAGCCAACCGGUUUCCGGCCAACAUACUCCAAUGGACGUUGACAGUCUUUCUGCUGCACAAGGGUCUCAGGACUGGCAUUAUGUCCAGUUAAUUGACAAUUUCGGUGGAACUCGAUGCUUUGCUGUAAACGAAGAAGCCCAGGAGCUGAAGCAGCAGGUUGAGAAAAUGAACAAGCAACACCCGUCACUUUCUCCUGAACAGCCCGAUUGCAGCAGUCAGCUUUACCGAUUGCUAAACAACUUCCCUUCAGAAUCAACCGAAUCAACAGAAAAUAAGAAUUUUGGUCUCAUUUUUCUGACUAAGAAUACUCAAAAAAAUCCAAUGAGCAUCGACCCUCAAGAAUUUCAACCAGUAACAGAGUUUAUGCCUCAAGUUGGAAUCAACUCCGGAAAAAGUGAUACCCAGUCGAAUUGUCGAUCCGGAAACAUCAGUAUCCCGGAUAGCGCCAUCGUGACGUUACCAGUGGAGAAAAUGAUCGAAGAGAUUUCCUCCCUUGAUGCAGUUGAAGCGAUUCAAGAAACUAAAGAAGAAAAAGAAGAAUUUUUAAUAACCAUUCAUUCCGAAAAUGCCGUUUGUAAAUUCAGAUCUAUUCCUGUUCCAACUCCUUCGAUUACCAUCCAGCCUACUGAAGAAUUUUCUUGUGAUGUCGCUGGUUUUUCGCCGUCGAUUCCCGAGUCCGCCAUGCAACCAGUAACCAACUAUACCGAGAUUGGCCCGUUUUGCACAGCUGCCGGCAUCUUUUCCAAUGUUUUUGACUUGACAGAUCUUCCAACGAACCAAGAGAAACUAAAGGCUGAGGAGCUAAAGAAUGGCGUCGUGAUUGAAUUGCACUCCCACUUCUCUCAGGUUAAGGAAACGAGGAGAAACUUUGCCAGAGCACUCAGUCUGUUUUUCGACGUUAAACUGGAUUGGACAAACCAACGCGUGGUCAGCCGGCUUUUCGGCAAAGCAAUGAAUCCUCUUUUAGCUAAAAGAGCAGAUCUCGCCAGGUGUUAUGUUGCUCCUACUAGUCGUCGGGCCUCUCACUCCAGAUGGAUGGUUAAGCAAGAAAACGGUCCGCACGAACAAAUUUCUCAAUUCGAUGCUGCUGUCUUUGUUAUACCUCCGGACGGAUUUGAAGAUCCUAAUCCUCUUCUCCAAGUCAUCAAAACCAGCGACAAAAAAGUCAAAAAGGAUUUGGAUGAAGGUAAAUUACCCGCCUCCAAGGUGCGUAAGCCCACGCAAGGCCAACAAUUGCUUCAACUUCAAACCCGUUUUGAUGCCUUCCGCCGUGCCCAGCGCAAACACAAUGCUGCAUUCCUUCGCCAUAUCCACCUAAUCCAGCGUCAACUCCAGGAUGUCAAAUGGAAUACCUCAAAGCACAUUCUUCAAAACCGACGUCGUUCCAUGCCGUCGUCCAUGCCUCACCCUUCUGUCUAAUUUUGAAAACACCAAAAAAUUUUGACUGCCCUCGAUUCCCCGAGUCUUCACCUCCCCUUUUGUUCUCUACGUUUCAAACCCAGAGAGAGAUCUAUUGCUCGUCUAGUUACGCGCAUCCAAGUGAAGCGGAGACCGAAGAAAUUCGGAAAUUUCCUUGACGGGAGCCAAAAUUCCGCGUUCGUUUAUUUUCAAAAUUGAUGUUCUGUUUGUUUGUUUUCUGGUCUUUUUUUUAUGGGGCGUUUUCUUUAUUUCAUUUUUUUUUUUGUGUGUGUAAUGUUGUGGGGAAUUUGUAUAGUUUUUCUUGCUAGUGUUUAUUUUCUGGGAUGUGUUUGGGGGUUUUGGGGUACCAUUCCAAGAUGGUUUUUUCUCUUUUGUUUGGGGGUUUUACAUGGUUUCGCACACAGAUGUUCGCAAAAUACAUCGACGAGUUUAAAAUUAAAA